AUGGCUACUUCGGAAUCCCAAAAUCCCUCCUCCUCCUUCUCUUCGAAACCCGAAAACAAGAGUAGAUAUGACAUUUUUUUGAGCUUUAGGGGCCUAGACACCCGCAAAAAGUUCACCGACCACCUCUUCCACUCUCUCUUGCGAGAGGGGUUCCAAACAUUCAGAGACAACGACGAGAUCGAGAGGGGUCAUGUUAUCGAAUCCGAGUUGGAGAAAGCAAUCAAGAAUUCCAAGAUGUCGGUGAUCGUGUUAUCGGAAAACUAUGCCAAAUCGACGGCAUGCCUGUUUGAACUCCAGACAAUUCUUGAGCUCUAUAAGAAGUCAGAUCAUUUCGUUUUGCCCGUGUUUUACGAGGUGGAACCUUUGAGGAUCAAGGAGCAAUCAAAGAAACUGGAUUUCGAAGAAAAGGAAGUGAUUCCUGAGAAAGAGAAGGAAUGGAGUGCAGCGCUUAAAGAGGUAGCGCGUAUGGCUGGGAAGGUUUUCCCAGGGGAAUCGGAUGGGUAUGAAGCCAAAUUCAUUGAGGAAAUUGUUGGUGAACUCAAAAGCAAGCUAGUUGGCAAUCAUCUAAGGGUUGGCCACCAUCUAGUAAGCAUGGAUUGGCGAACCAUGCAAGUUACUUCAUGGCUAAAAGAGAGGUCAACCAAGGUUGGCAUUCUUUUGAUAUGUGGAAUGGGUGGAAUAGGGAAGACAACUAUUGCUAAAGUUGUUUUUAAUUCAAAUCAUGCUAGAUAUGAUGCUUCUUGUUUUCUCCAAAAUAUAAGUGAAGUUGCCAAAGGACACAAUGGAUUAGUUCGUUUGCAAAGACAACUUCUUUCAGAUAUUUUAAGGAAAGAAGUGCGCAAUGUAAACGAUGUUGAUGAUGGAUGUAGGAGGAUGAAGUAUGUAUUAAGUAACAAAAGAGUUCUUCUCGUCCUUGAUGAUGUGGAUCAAAUCGACCAACUAAUUGCAUUAGCUGGCCAACAAGAUUGGUUUUCUUCAGGAAGUAAAAUUAUUAUAACCACUAGGAUCGAGAGCAUGAUGAAUGCUCAUGAAAAUUAUAAGGUGUUCAGGCCUGAAAAACUAUCGAUCGAUGACUCACUUGAGCUUUUCAGUUGGCAUGCUUCUGGACAAAAACAUCCUAUUCAAGGCCACAUGGAGUUAUCAAAAAGGUUUGUGCAUCGUUGUGAUGGGCUUCCCUUAGCCCUUGAAGUGUUGGGCUCUUCUGUACGACGGAAAAAUAUAGAUGUUUGGAAAAGUGAGUUACAAAAAUUGGAAGCAAUUUCUGAUAACACAAUUCUGAGAAAACUUGAAAUAAGUUUUGAUUCUCUACAAGAUGACCAUGAUAAAAAUAUGUUCCUUGAGAUUGCUUGUUUCUUUGUUGGAAAGCUUAAAACUGAAACGAUCACAAUACUAGAAGGAUGUGAUUAUGCUGCACUUGCUUGAAUUCAUAAUCUGGUAGAUAGAAAUCUCUUAACAAUUGAAGGUGAGAAGUUGGGAAUGCAUCAGUUACUUCAGGACAUGGGAAAGCAAGUUGUUGACCGAGAAUCUAAGUAUCCGGAGGAGCGUAGUAGAAUCUGGCGCCCUAAAGAAUCCUUCAGCGUUUUGCUUGAAAAAAUUGGUACGAAAAAAAUCGAAGGCCUUGUACUUGACAUGAACAUGUUGAGAAAUUCCGACAUGGCUGUGAUUGAAGCAAAUACAUUUGAAAAGAUGUAUAAUUUGAGACUACUCAAGCUGAGUG